UCUAAAAAUUUAUUUAUUUUUAUUUUUCAAAGAUAUUGGCUUAAUCACUUCAAAAUUCAAGUUAUCAAUAAAGACUUUAUUCCAAAGGCUUUAUAACCCGGUAUCCAACAAAAACUCAAGAAAUAUUAAAAAACAAAUCCUACUCAACUUUAACUUACUAUAUAUAACUCACUAUAUAUAGAUAUGGAUAUAUCUGUAUGUUUUAUAUUAUAGCUUAAUAUAAGUUGAUCGUUCUGGUGAUGGAUAAAUCAGGAAAAAUUUUAUAUUUUAAAACUCAAGAAAAUACCAUAAUUCCCAUAGACUACUGUCUAUUACAGAAAUCUCCAACUAUUCAAAAAUGGAUGUACUUUUGGCAAACAGGUAUUUUUACAAGAAAUUUUAUAGCACUACCUGAAAUUCCAAAUGAGCAAUUCUACAAAAUAAUUAAUUGGUUGAAAUGUCAAAAAAAAAAUGCCUUUAUAAAGUUAGAAACUCCACUUAAUAAGAUUAAAAUAUCAACUGCAGAUUUGAAUCUUUUUAAGAAUAACACAUUGGACGAUUAUGAUUAUUCAAUUCUAAAUGCUAUUCAAAUCUUGGGCAUAAAUAGACUUAUCUUAAUAGCACAAAAAAUGUUUAUUAAGGAGGCAAAUAAAAUUGGAGAGAGAUGCGAUAAAAGAAUCGAAAUUAUGCAGAACACUAUUGAUUAUUUACAAAAGGACUACAAUGGUAUUUUAUCUGAUUCUGAUAGCAGGGAGAGCAGCACAAGUUCAUUUCACACUGCAAGUACCGGAAGUUUUUUAUAAAAAUUACUUAAUGUUUAGUUAUAUUUGCGGUAGAGUUGAGCUCGGAAAAUGUCAAAAAGCGCACGCAAUAAAAAUUCCCUUAUAUAUGCAUCAUGGAUUUUAUUUAAAUUAAACCCUACUUACCUGCCAAGACUACAGUGUCAUACUACCAUAUUAACAUUAACACAUAAAUCUUGCCACAGUUGUGUUUCUAAGUCAAAUAUAUCACAAUUCUGAAAUA